UUUGUAUUGUGUGAUAGCUACUUAUGAAAAGUUCAUAAAUCAUCGGUUUUAUUUAGUCCUUUAGUAGGUUCAAGUAAGUAAACACUACUUUCACGGGGUAUCGGCCAAUCAAUCGUGCGCGCUCGGCUGUCAUCGCCAGCGCUCGGCAAACUCCGGCACAGCUGACGCGAACUGUUGCUAUGUGCAUUUACAUAGGAGCGAAGCGGACAUCGUUGGGAGAAAUAUAGCUUUGGCGUCGCUUCGGGUGGCCGCGUUUAUCGGCGGGGAAACAAAGCGUCAUUUAAACGAUGAACUCGCGCCACUACCGAGAGCGGCUGAUCGACGAGGUGAAGAAGUACCCGGUGCUGUACGACACGCAGCACGAGAACCACCGCGACAUCGCCGUGCGCGACCGCUGCUGGCUCGACAUCUCCGAGCGGCUGGGAGCCAACAGUGAGGUGCUGAAGCGCGAGUGGAAGAUUCUACGUGACUCUAUGCGCCAAGCUCUAAAGCGCAGUAACACUGGCGCCACCACCAAGGCAGGGUUGCCAUGCAAGAAGUGGCGCUUGCAGAGCCGCAUGGCCUUCGUGCUGCCGUACAUGACCAUCAGGCGCAACCCGCGGCCAGUGAAGAGUACCCUGAAGGCGGACGACAUGGAGGCGGCGCCGGAGCACGAGCGCGAGGCGGAGGUGUGGGAGCCGACUCAUCAGGAUAACAGUGACCACGACUCUCUGGAUCUGUUUUUCGCCAGUGUCUGCCAAAGUACCAAACGGUUACCAAGAAAAUUUCAAUCUUCAAUAAAAAGACAAGUUCUGGAUGCACUUCUCAGAGUGGAAGAAGAGUGGGAGGUGGAACAAGCAGAGUCGAAAACUGAAGUAAAUAAAAUCUUCUGAGGAAGUGAGCGCGUUGAACAUUGUUAGUAUGUGUAUGUAAGGGCUCGCCUAUAGACUGCUGUCUGUGUAACUGUCCAAUGGUUUUGGUUAAAAUAACCUGCUAUACUUGAACAUUCGUUUGUGAUUUGUGUCAUCUGUGCAAUUAACUCAUCAGUCAACCUUGACACAUGGAUUUAGUUUGUAUCUGUAGUAAAACGGUCUGUAUCUGUAGUAUAAAGUCAUGACACGUAUACACGUAGGCCUGACUUUCUUUUCUAAAUUAUAUCGAAGCUUAGCUUCUUUCAAUAAAAAAUCUAAAUUUGCAA